AUCUGCAACUCUCUCUCUCUCCCCGGGCUUCGAAUUCCCACUCAAUGUAUGUCAUGACCCGGACCCCACCGAUCAGUUCAAUCACAUCUGUAACUCUCUCUCUUUCUCUCUGAGACUCCUCCCAAGCUCAAAGCCGACUCAUUCGUCAAGUCCAUACUCCAUACUACCCAACCAGCAAACAGCUACUGAAACAGAAGAACGGGCCUCCAAACUUCUGCACAAUGUGUAGCUCAUUCCCAAUCUCCACCGCACUGUUUUUUCUGUUUAUCGCUUUCUCAUUACCUAGUGUUCUUUCUCUUACCACCCAUGAACAAUGGAAGAAACAGCAGUCCGCCAACGAUGUCCACCCCAACGACAUGGACCCAGCUGAAGCAGAAACGUUGUUCAAGAUCAUGGAGACCAUGUCGUCUGAUAGAAACUGGAAGGUCUCCAACCCAAACCCAUGUGAACCAGGCUCUUCAUGGCCUGGAAUAGAGUGCAAAUUAGGCCAGGACAACCGUCUCUAUGUCUCCAGGCUUGAUUUUGGCACGCCUCCUAAUCCGACCUGCAAGGCUACAGCUACCUUUCCUUCUGAAAUUUUUCAUCUUCUCUACCUUCAAUCUGUGUUCUUCUUCCGAUGCUUCACUCACACCAAAACAAACAUCUCCAUACCCCCACGUAGAAUCUCCACUUCUCUGCAGCAACUCAGUCUGAGAUCGAACCCUGCACUGGUCGGGCCGAUACCACCUCAAAUAUCUUCCUUGAACUCCCUGCAGAUCCUCACAUUGUCUCAAAACCACCUCACUGGGAAGAUUCCAAAAGAGAUCCUUUCUUUGACCUCACUGGUGCACCUUGAUUUGAGCUACAAUUUCCUUUCAGGAACUAUUCCAGACCAGUUGGGAAGUCUCAAGAACCUUGAAGGUCUUGAUUUAAGCUACAAUUCAUUUACGGGUCAGAUUCCAGACACAAUAGGGCAAUUGGGUCUUCUUCAGAAGCUUGAUUUGAGUUCGAAUUUACUCACUGGUGGCAUCCCUGACAGCAUAGGAAACCUCAGUUUCUUGGCUUUUAUGGCUCUGAGCAACAACAGAUUGAAAGGGAAAUUUCCUAAAGGUUUGGCAAAGUUGCAGAACCUACAGUACUUCAUCAUGGAUGACAACCCAAUGUUCGUUUCCCUGCCAGUUGAGCUUGGGAGUUUGGUAAAGCUGCAAGAGCUCAGGCUUUCAAAUUCAGGUUAUACGGGAGCCAUUCCUCAGAGUUUCUCUCAGCUUCUGAACCUCAGCACUUUAGCUAUGCAGAACAAUAGAUUAACAGGUGAAAUUCCAGUUGGUUUAAGUGGUCUAUCUCACAUAUAUCAUUUGAAUCUGAGCAGAAACUUGUUGGCUGGCGUUGUUCCUUUCAACUCUCAAUUCCUGAAGCGGUUGGGAAGAAAUUUGGAUCUCAGUGGGAAUCCAGGGCUCUGCUUGGAUAAGUCUGUAGUUUGCAAUGGAGUAAAGAUCGGAGUAAGUGUUUGUAGAAGCAACGGAAAUGGUUCUCUUGUCCAACCAUUGAGGGAUGAAGCUCCAUGCCAGCUCUCCAAAUCAAUCAGUCUGUUGGGUGUUUUAUGUCUCUGGGCGUUGUAUGGGAUAUUAUUUUAGUGCGGAUUUUAUUCCUUUUUCUUCAUCUUAUCUUCUUUUCCCACUGAUUCUUUUGAUGGGUUUGAUGGGUUUUCUGAAGGUUGAGGUCUGUCAUUGAAGAGAGGACCAACUGAGUUUUCUGCUAAUUUCUGUAACCAGGGCUGUUUCUUUUCUUGGCUGCAUUUGGGUACUGUAUUUCUACAUUGGUUUCUGCUAAAUCCAGUAACUGUUUCUAUCUUUGUUAGGUUGAAGGAUUUAGAAACACCGUCUAAAUUGAGUUCAAAGUCACAGCACUACAUAUUUUUA